AUGACAGGGCUUGGCUCUCCUUGUGGAGCGUGCAAGUUCUUGAGAAGAAAGUGUGUGAGGGGAUGUGUGUUUGCUCCUUACUUUUGCCAUGAGCAAGGAGCUUCACAUUUCGCAGCAAUUCAUAAGGUCUUCGGAGCCAGCAAUGUCUCUAAGCUCCUCAUGCACCUUCCUGUCACCGAUAGAUCCGAGGCUGCCAUAACUAUCUCUUAUGAGGCCCAAGCCAGGCUUCAAGACCCAAUCUAUGGCUGUGUUGCUCAUAUUUUUGCUCUGCAACAACAAGUUGUGAGUUUGCAAGCACAACUUGCUUCUUUAAAGGCCCAUCAAGCAGCACAAGGAGCUGGUAAUAAUAUUCAUGGCUUGGCUGAAGCUUCUGUAGCCCAAGAGGCUGGGAAAGCCUACAAUAGAUAUGCAGCAUAUCAGCAAGAUGUGCAGGGAUUUAUGGCUCAGGCAAUGGAUGAAAGAAUGAACAAGCCAUCAUCUUCAAAUCCAAUGAUGAACUGUGAAUCUUCUUCUCAGGAUGAUUUCAUCUCUUCAAGUGUGGAAGAUGAAUCAUAUUGUGAAAUGAGAACAGCUUACAAUUAUCGUGAUAUGGAGGACCUUCAAUCUAUAGCCUAUGCAUAUCUACACCGUUCUUGA